UUUCCACGUUACUGCAAAUUCUCACGAGGCUCUUCUACAUUUAAGAGUUACACAUCCAUUAGACGUCCUAUGGAUCAAUGCGCUAUGCAUCAAUCAGAGCAGCAAGGACGAGAGAUCGCAUCAGGUGAGCCAGAUGAGAUCAAUCUACAGUAGAGCGAUCGAAGUAUGGCUUGGCCCAAGCCAUCAUGGCACUGACCGACUCUUGGAUGUUAUUGAACAUCACCGCAAUGAUUGAAAGUUCGACGAUCAGUGGAAGGUUGUGGCCUUCUCCUAGACCCUGCACUCAUAGGCAGUCUUCGUUAUCUCGAGAACAGACCGUACUGGACUCGUAUUGGAUCAUCCAAGAAGUGGUAGUUGCCAGAUGUGUCAAAGUCAUGUGUGGCGUACUAAGCGUCAGACUGCGAUCGUUCCUGAUAAGCACGUCUACCAUAGGCGUUGAACGUCAGAAGGCUCGGUACGCCCUGGAACCUAGGAGUUGAUUUUGAACGCAGAGGGUAGUCGUAGUACAGAACGAACACCCCGAACUGUACGACUCGACGCCCUUUGUGGCGGACAAAAAUCUUGCGGCUUAUGAUCGUUACCAUCCGUCCUGGGAGGCUCUACGGGAAACAUAUAAAGGGCCAAUAUAUGAAUUCAGAGGCUGGAAAUUGCAUAUGCACCAAAGAAGGUUUAUUUAUUUG